AUGCGAACCUACACUCACAACCCCACCCCCAACCCCAGCCAACGACCAUCGAACAUGUGCACGUCGUACGAAUUCAACUACCUCCGCUGCCAGCGCGAAGUCAAGCGAAACUGCAAGCACACCGACCACUUCCGGUGCGAAUCAGGCAUGUGCAAGGACGACGACCACGUGCACGCGACGCUGACGAGAGCGGAGAAGUGUCCCGUGCACGCCAUGGGCGAGGAAAAGAAGUCGAAACGUGCAGCCCACAAGGACAGGGAGCGAUGCGAAUGGCCAGAAACAAAUUGCCGGCCCAUGUAG